CGAGCCCCCAAAACAAGUUUCUGCUACCCAAUGAGCAGCAUUGCGGCGCAAGCUUCCCCUGCUAUUUGCCUCAUUGAACUCUAGAAUUCUACGUCAUUAUGCGAAAUCAAUCCAUCGUGUCCAUUCUGAUCUCAUAAAUGCUUGCCUGCCUUGGCCCCCUGGCAGCUUUCCUCCAGCUACAAAGACGAGCCGAUCGUCUAUCCAUACAUGACAGAAAACUCCUCCAACUCCUACACCUAUUACUCCUUCCCCCCUACACCUAAUAGAAACUCUCCCCGUUCUAGACGUUCACAAUCUAUUUCAAGUAACGUGUCUGGUACGAGUCAACGAACAAUCACAUCUCCUUACGAAAUACGACAACAACCACCCAACAUGCCUUCCCCAGCUGCAGGAAAGAGUGAAGUCCCCCGCACUCCCACUAAGCUCGGACGAAAGCCACAACCACCCGCCCCUAAGCUCAACAAGCCCCAGGCAAAGCCGGAGGAGUCCCCCGCCCCCGAUGUGUCUGAGAAGGUAGACGAGACCAAGAAGGCCGGUGAGGAUACGGCAGAAGACACAAAGGAGAAGGCCGAGGACACCAAGAGCCAGGCAAAAGACACUGCCGAAGACACAAAGGAGCAGGCAGAAGAUGCCGCCGAAGACACAACAGGCAAGGUCUCACAAGCGGGCGAUGAGCUCGAGCAGGCUGAGCCAAAGCCACUCGACGACGACGAGGAGACUGGUGCUGAGGAUGAGGCUGACGACGACGAUGACGCCACUCAGAAGGCUGGUGACGAAGACCAGGAUGAAGAUGAGACAAACGACAACACCGAGGAUGACGCCACAGACACUGCUAGUAAGGCAACCGACGAGAGUCAGCAAAAGACCGAGGGUGCCCUGAGUGGUGCUCGCGGACUUGCUGGCCGAGCGUCAAACCUCGCUGGUAAGGCGUCCAAGGACCCACAGGGUGCUGCCAAGGAAGCCGGCGACGACGUCGAGGAUGCUGCUGAGAGCACUAAAGACACCGCUCAGGAUACCGCCGAAAGCGCCAAAGACACUGUCGAAGAUGCUGGCGAAGACGCAAAAGACACUGUCGAGGACGCUGGUGAAGACGCAAAGGACACCGCUGAGGAUGCUGCUGAGGACGUGAAGGACACAGCAGACGACAAGGCGGAAACCGCAAAAGACACCACCGACGACGCAGCGACAUCCACCAAGGACACCGCCGACGAUGCAGCGGAUGAUGUCGAGGACGUUGCAGAUGAUGCGACAGACGAUGCAACAGAAGACGCUGAGGACACCACUGAAGAUGCUGUCGAAAGCGCCAAAGGCAAGGCUGGUGACGCAAAGGAUUCAGCCGACGACGCUAAAGACUCUGCUGAAGACGCUACUGGCCAAGAUAUCCCAGACGGCCCCGAUCUCAGCGUUUUGAAGGACCUCGAGGUCAACGAGGAGGGACUCGUUAACGACAAAGACGGCAAACCGAUUGGCCGUCUCGUCGAAGGCGAUGCUGAAGAUCUUGCUGGAUACCCCAUUGGCGACAACGGUGAGAUUCUCGACGACGAUGGCGAUCUUGUCGGUCGUUGCGAGCUUCUCCCCGACGCUGUAGAGGAGCAAAAGAAGAAGACCGAAGACGCCGCUGAUGGUCCCAAGCUGCCCGAUAUCAGCGUUCUCAAGGGUCUCACUGCCGACAAGUCUGGCCAGAUCCUGAACGAGGAUGGUGACUUUAUUGGCCACCUCGUCGAGGGUGAUCCAUCCGAGAUUGAGGGUAUGGAAUUCAACGAGAAGGGCGAGAUCCUCGACAAGGACGGCAAUGUCAUCGCUCGCGCCGAGAUCCACCCCGACGCUGCCGAGUUGGUCGACCAGGACGACGAGGACCAGGACGACAAGGCAGACGAAGCCGUCGAUGGCGUCGCUGACAAGGCCGAGGAGGCUAAGAAGGACGUUGAGGAGAACGCUGAAGACGCCAAGGACGAUGUCAAGGACACGGCCGAAGACGCAAAGGAUGAUGUUGAGGAUGCUGCCGCUGACGUCGAGGACGAACUUCCCGGCGUCGAGGCCCUACAAGGCAUGGAAAUCAACUCUGAAGGCGACAUCCUCAACGAUGACGGUGAUGUCGUUGGCCAUGUCGCAGACGCUGAAGGCGACAUGAAAGACCUCAAGGGUCUUACUGUCAACGACCAGGGCGAAGUUGUUGACUCCGAGGGCAAUGUGCUUGGCAAGGUUGAACUUGCUGAGGGCGCUGCCGACAAGCUCAAGGAGGCUGCGUCCGGCGCUCUUGACACCCGCAUCCUGGACGGCCUGAAAGUCAACAAGAAGGGCAAGGUUCUCGAUGCGGAAGGCGAGGAGAUUGGCGAGCUCAAGGAUGGCGAGGUCGCAGACUGCGCCGGCAAGACCGUCAACGAGAAGGGCGAAGUCCUCGACAAGGAUGGCAACGUCAUCGGCAAGGUUGACGUUGUUGCUGGCGAGGCUGCCUUCGACGCCAUCAAGGAACUCAAGGAGCGCCUUGGCGAGACCGAAGAGCCCGAGGAGACUGAGGAAGACAAGCCCGAGGAUGCCGAAGACGAGGAAGACAAGGAACCCGAAGUCAAGGAGGUCGAGGUCAUCCCCGAAAUCCAUACUCUUGAUGGCCUGAAGGUCAACAAGAAGGGUCAAGUCCUGAACGAGGAUGGCGAGCCUAUCGGAGAACUCACCGAGGGCGAGGCAUCCGAGUGCGCCGGCAAAAAGAUCAACGAGAAGGGAGAGGUUGUCGACAAGGACGGAAACGUUCUCGGAAAGGUCAAGACCCUGCCCCAGAUGGUUGAACAGCCAGUCGAGGAUGAGGAGGAGAAGGAGCCUGAAGUCAGGGAGGUUGAGAUCACCCCUGAACUCAACACUCUUGAAGGCUUGAAGGUCAACAAGAAGGGACAAGUCCUGAACGAGGACGGUGAGCCCAUUGCUGAACUUACUGAAGGCGAAGCCUCUGAGUGCGCCGGUAAGAAGAUCAACGAGAAGGGUGAAGUCGUUGACAAGGAUGGAAACGUCCUUGGAAAGGUCAAGGCUCUCCCCCAGAUCGUCGAGCAGAAGGUUGAGGAGGCUGAGGAUGCCGCCAGCGAUGCUGGCGAUGCCGCCGACGAUGCUCAAGACGCCGCUGAAGACGCCCAGGAUGCUGUCGAAGGUGCUGAAGGCGAGAAGGCUGAAGCAGCUGACUUGGCUGAAGAUGCCGAAGGCGAAAAGGCAGAGGCGGCUGACAAGGCCGAGGACGCUGAAGAUGCCGAGGCAGCAGCUGAGGAUGCUCAGGAGGGCGCCGAAGACGCAGAGGCAGACGCCGAGGAAGCAGCCGAAGAUGGCCGCCCGCCUCUCUCAAUCCUCGAAGGCCUCAAGGUCAACAAGUCCGGCAAGCUUAUCGACGCCAAUGGCAACAUUGUUGGUGAGCUCGUAGAGGGUGACGCCAAGAAGCUCUCCAAGGCCGGCACCACCAGCGACGCCGAAGGUCAAUUCUGGGACAACAAGGGUAAGGUCAUCGGCCGCGCCGAGACCAUCGCUCCUGAGGAAGGAGAGGAGGAAUCUCCUUUCGCUGGUCUGGAAGGUCUCAUCGUUGUUAAGGACGGCUUCGUCGAGGACCAGAACGGCAACCGUGUUGGCCAAGUUGUCGAAGGCGAUGCGAAGAAGCUCGUUGGACGUGCCGUUGAUGAGGACGGUGACAUCCUUGACAAGAAAGGCUCAGUUGUUGGCCACGCCGAGCGCUACGAAGAGCCUGAGGAGGAGGCUGAGCCAGAGGCCGAGCCCGAGGAGCCUGAGGAUCUCUCGAUUCUUACUGGCAAGAAGGUCAACAAGGCCGGUAACGUCAUCGGAGAUGAGGGCGUUCCUAUCGGCCGUCUCGUCGAGGGCAACCCCAAGGAGGUCGCUGGAAGGAAGAUUGACGAGAACGGCCAGAUCUGGAACGACUCCGGUAAGGUUAUCGGUCGUUGCGAGCUCAUUCCCGCCGAGCAGCGCGAGGCCAAGCCCGAAGGACCUUUCGCCGGUCUUGAGGAUCUCCGUGUGAUCGCUGAUGGUCAGGUUGCUGACGAAGAUGGCAAUGUUGUUGGCCAUAUCGUUGAAGGUAACCCUAAGCGUCUCGUCGGUAUGGCUGUCGAUGAGGAUGGUGACAUCCUCGACAAGUACGGCAACGUUAAGGGCCAUGCUGAGCCGCUCGAGGACGAGGAGGAGGUCGUAGAGGAGCCUUUGGAUCUGUCCAGCCUCGAUGGUCUUACUCUGAACAAGCAGGGUUACCUUGUCAAUAAUGAGGGCAUCCCUGUCGGCAAGCUUGUUGAGGGCAACCUCAAGGAGCUGGCUGGUCGUAAGUCUGACGGCGAGGGUCUCAUCCAUGGUGAUACCGGCAAGGUCGUUGGUCGCUGCGAGCUUAUCCCCGACAACGAGCGUGUCAACCGCAAGGAAGGACCGUUUGCAGGCUACGAAGGUCUGCGCGUCGUCAAGGACGGUUUCGUUGAUGAUGCCCAAGGCAACCGCGUUGGUCAAAUCACCGAAGGUGACGAGAAGAAGCUUGUCGGCCACCAGGUUGACGAAGACGGUGAUAUUAUCGACAAGUACGGUAACGUGAAGGGUCACGCCGAGCCCUACACCGAGGAGGAGCCAGAGGCACCUGUGGAGGCCGACGUCAGCGCUCUUGCUGGCUGCACUGUUAACAAGGCCGGCAACGUCGUUGACUCCGCCGGAACAGUUCUUGGUCGUGUCGCUGAAGGUGACCCAUCCACCAUGAUUGGCAAGAAAGUUGACGGUAAGGGCCAGAUCUGGGACAACGAAGGCAAUGUCAUCGGACGUGCUGAGUUGGUCCACGGCGCUCCCUCCGGACCCGAGGGUCCCUUCGCUGGAUUUGAUAACAACACCGUUGUCAAAGACGGUACCGUUCAGACUGCCGAUGGUUCCAUCAUUGGUCGUGUCAUCGAAGGUGACGUCAGGAAACUCACCGGCCACAAGGUCGAUGAGGAAGGCGACAUUAACGACAAGAACGGCAACGUGAUCGGUAAGGCCGAACGCUGGGAGCCCGAGGAGAAGGAGCGCCGUGUCAACCCCAUGUCUGGCAUGCGUGUCAACAAGGAGGGUGAGGUGCGAGACGAGAACGGUGACGUUCUUGGUCGUCUCACUGCUGGUGACCUCGGUCACUGCUCUGGCCUUGAGAUCGACGACAAUGGCUACGUUAUUGACAACGACGGCAACAAGGUCGGCGAGGUCACUCUCCUCGAGAACAUCCAAGAAGAGGAAGAGGAGAUUCCUGAGGAUGAGACCGAGGAGGAGAAGCAGAGGCGUGAGGACGCUAAGCUUGCCGAGAAGAUGGCCGGUAUCUGCCAGCAGACACUUGAGCGUGUCCAGCCUGUCAUGAAGCAGAUCACUGAGUACAUUGAGCAAGCUGACCGCACGCCCCGCGACGAGCUCGACGAAGAGGAACUUGUCAACAACGUCAAGCCCCUCAUCGAAGAGGGUGGUCGUAUCCUGAACGAGUGCAACGGCUCGCUCCGUGGUCUCGAUCCCGAUGGCCGCAUCGCCGCACAGGCCAAGGGCCGCCAGCAGACCGGCGAAGCCUCACCCGAGGAGUACAAGCUCGCCGAUCUCCUCAAGGAGCUCACAACAUCUGUUGUCACCACCAUCGACAACGCGAAGAAGAAGAUCUCCGACAUGCCCCACGCCAAGAAGAAGCUCAACCCGCUCUGGUCCCUGCUCACCGAGCCCCUGUUCCAGAUCAUCGCCGCUGUUGGUCUGCUACUCACAGGUGUACUCAACUUGGUUGGCAAGCUGCUGAACGGCCUUGGUCUCGGUGGCCUUGUCAACGGUCUGCUGGGUGGUCUUGGUAUCAACAAGCUGCUCGGCGGCCUUGGUCUGGGCUCCAUCUCCGACAUGCUCGGUGGAGGCAAGAAGAAGGGCGAGAAGAAGGGUGGAGGUGCGAGCAACAUCCCGCUUGUCGGCGGUCUGCUCGGCAAGAAGUAAACGCCUCCUCUUGAGGAUGCGUGAGCGGAUGAUGACGAUGUUUCUUUUUGGCUAAGACUGUUGCAUAAUGUGAUAUGAUACCACGGUCUGGGUGUCUGAGACUCUUUGAAACGAGCUGGACGGUCGGGGGGCUGGAAGGUUUCUGUCUCGAGGGUCUUGGUCACUUGGACCGAUCCAAUGGGGAGGAUGUGUACGCGCAAAAUUUCGCCGGUUUUUGAAUACUUAGCCGUGGCGUCUG